AUUUGUACACUUUCUAACCUGAAUCAACGUGAAAUUUAUUUUUAACAACACAUUGCAUUAUUAAAUCGGAGUAAAAGAUGCUGAAUUUUUCUCAAGCAGGUGAUGUUAAUCUACUGAAACCGAUAUAUUACAAAUAUAUAAAAGAUUCUGUAAUGGUUAUAAAUGUUUUCAAUAAUCAAAUAUUAAAUUAUGAAGGAAUUGACAACAAAACAAUUACAAAGAUUGGAAAAGAAGAAAGCAAAGAUGGCGGCAUUUUUGGAAAUUGCAAAACUCAAUGAUAAAGACAAAGAAGCAAAAUUACAGGCUUUGAGACAGACAUCAAUCACUGAUAGCUCUAACACUCCAAACAAUAAUAUAAUAGGAGGAAAUUCUAAUUAUAAACGGUCUUAUAAAGAUUUGGGUGAUACAUCCUCAGAAAUUUCCGAGAAGAAGGAAGAUGGUCAUGAAUCAGAGUCACAGAGUCUUUUUAAUAAUAAAAAACCCAGAUUAAGCAAUUGCGAUGAAUACAUAAAGCUAAAGCAAGAACUUAGAAAACGUAAAAAAAAGCUUCAAGCAAUUCCAAGGAUUACCCUUAAAGCAGUUGGUGAGAAUGCUACUCUAGAUGUUGCAAAUAUGAAGAGUAGAAUACCAAUAUUUCUCAGUGAUAUACAGCAUCUUCUAUUAUAUUCAUUGCUUGGACAUCAUUCUCCCUACCUGCCAGCCAGAUGGUGUCAACUUGAAAAAUAUAACAAAGUAAGCCAUACUGUAGUUUUUGUGAUUGAAGGCUUGUCUUCGUAUCAUUUCAUGGCUUAUGAGAACAUGUUUCCACAUAUAACAAAUAAUUUGAAAUAUCACUUAGAGGUAGUAACACCUGCUACUUAUGGAGCAUCCAUAAUAGAGGAGCUUGCAGCUGUACCUUUGACAGGAACUCAAAGUGAUAAAUUAAUAAGAAGAUAUGGUUCUGUGGAAUCUGCUUUGCAAACAAAUGGAAAUGUCAUAAAAUUGCUGAGAAGCGUUUUUCCAAUGCAUUCGGCAAACGAUGAUGUGAAGAACGAAUGCGAUAUAAGUUUACCAUCUACUGAUAAAUUUUGUAGAACAAAGUUGCUUUUGUCAUUAUCACAGAUGGUGGAAGAAAAUUAUCCUGUACCUUUGAAGGGAAUAUUAGCAGAAAAAUAUGCUUCAUAUCUAUUGACAAAAGAUGUUUAUGAAGAGGCCACAGCAACAUCGCCAAUGUUUGGUUUAGAUUGCGAAAUGUGUCUGACAACGAGUGGUAAUCUAGAACUCGCCAGAAUCACCAUUGUGGAUGAAAAUAUGAAGGUUGUUUAUGACACUCUGGUGAAACCGGAAAACACGAUAACGAAUUAUCUAACUCGGUACAGCGGUAUUACUAAAGAGAUGUUAACCGAUGUCACAGUUACGUUACACGAUGUUCAGCAAACAUUAAAAAUGCUACUUCCUGCGGAUGCGAUUCUUGUAGGACAAAGCUUGAAUUCUGACCUGCAUACGUUAAAAAUGAUGCAUCCCUAUAUCAUUGAUACUUCUGUAAUAUUCAAUCUUACGGGAGACAGAUGCAGGAAAACAAAGUUGCAGAUUUUGGCGCGCGAAUUUCUCGGAGAGAAUAUCCAAGACAGUAAAGCUGGACACUGUUCGGCGGAGGAUUCGAAGGCUUCAAUGAAAUUGGUCCAGUUAAAAUUAGCGAAUAGCGUCGAUUAUGGGGACGCCGUGUUGCUCGGUGACCGCAAUAUGAGAAUAAUGGGAGAAGAAACGGAGAAGGAAAAAUCGCAAUGGGCAUUACAAAAAAUGGAGAUGAAAAAAUAUGCCACAUCGAUAUUUAAUCACAUAACGAAAAAUAAAAAUACCGCCGCCAUCAUAGGUAGCAGUGAAAUAAUGUCCGAGUACUCCAAGUAUCUGAUGAAUUCGUCUUUUAAUGUCAUGGAUGAUGAAAAUUUCGCAAAAACCGAUCAAGUACGUCUCGUAAUAGCGGAUAAUAAUAAACACGCCGUAGAUCGAACUGCAGAAAUUGCAAUGGAACACGCUUUCGUGUUGUGUCACGUGAGAAUAAAAGAAGAGCAAUUGAAGGAAGAACAGGUAGAGAAAACGUUGCACACUGUGAAUAAGUGGAGCCACAUGCUUUGGCAACAUAAUGCUAUAAACAGCCUUGCAUGCGUGAUAUUCGGUGGACAAAAUAAUGCCGCGAAUGGUGCCUGUUUCUUGAAUAUCAAAACGGAAGUGUCGUCAGAUAUUGUCAUACGAGCUUAA